CGACCAUUGAUUGUACGAUCGCGCUUUCCGCUUGGUACCUUGGUAAUUCGCGGUACCAACAUGGUGCGUGCCGGCGGAUGGCUCUUAGCUGCCGGGAUAGUGGGACUCUUCGGGAUCUGUUACACGGCCAACCUGGAUAUAUGUCAAGCUGAUGGUUGUGGUGAAAAUGAUGACGCUUCGUCGAAAAAGCAAAUCAAACAAAACAAUGUUAUAUUUGGACAAGGCAACCUUGUCGACUUGUGGAAGAUGUAUCCACUGAAUAUUAUGAACGGAACUAAGCAUAUAAGUCAAAAAUGUAAACAGGCUUACGAGAAAUAUUUGAAUAGUCUCCAACAAUAUGACCUAAAUGCAAUAAAAAUGUUUGAUGCGACUGCAAAAUUGCCGUCCGGCAUUUUGAAAGGAAAUGUGAACCAGUACGGAAAUUUUGACGAAUGUAUGGAAGUUAAAGAUGCCCAGUAUUGUUUAGCAGAAAUUGAUAUCAGACCACUGUGGAAGGAACCUUAUUCGAAUUUUCAGGAGAUGGCACAUUCUCAUUUCGCCAUCCAAGAAACACUAGACGAUCCAAAACAUAGAGUACCAGGUUUUACAAUGAUCAGAUGGGGAUUCUGUAUACCUUCAGCAUGUAGUGAUAAAGAUCUAGAAAUUGCUAUCCACGAGAAAAUGGGGGUGGACAACAGAGUAAGACCACAGAUGUGUCAAAAAUCUGGAAACGCAGUGCAAAAGAUAUCACUGGGAAAAACUGUAACAAAAGGAUUUUUCAUGUUGCUUUUUAGUGCUGUUGCGUUAGCUACAAUACUAGAAUACAACAACUACUUCAGUCAAAGCAAAAGUUUGUAACUAAAAUAAUUUUUCGACCGAGAAAUUUCAUUUCAAACGGCAGCGAUUUUUUGAGAAUGAUAAAAUAUUGCUUGACAUUCUUUUGUAGAAAAUGUUUUCCGAUGUAUUUCAGUCUACCACAACAAGUCAGCACCUAGUGAAAUUUCUCGGCAAUACUAUUAGUGACAUGUCAUAAGAGCACUAAAAAAGCGGAGAAGGCACAUUUUUUUGUGAAAAACUUAAAAAACGUGAAAAAGCCGACGAAAUGUCAUCUUGCAGACUAGGUAGUUUUUAGUUUGCAAAUAGUUCAUUCCUUGUUUGCUCGCUAUGAUCACUGUUCGCUGACUGUUAACCAACACGUACAGCUACAAAACGAGCUCACAACAAGUAUACAACAGCUUGUGCUAAGUUAACAUCUUGUAGGAAAACCUACGUUAUGUCACAAAACCUAGGACAUGUCAAAAAACGACGAUAUGUCACUUUUCAAGAUACGUAAUACCCGUGCCGGUGUAGAUAAUUUAAAAAAAAUAAAACACCUGAUCUGAAUGACAUAUCAUCAAGAAGCCGUUUAGAGUAACUGUGAUAGACCGACGUUCAUAUAACGUGUCACUUGAGAAUCUGAAACAAUUUACAAUUUAUGGAAAAUAACAUACUAAAAAGUCUAUGUUUCAGCGAGCUAUUGGCAACGAAUUAUACAUUGUUUCUCCUUGCAACAAAACUAUAAUGAAUUAUCAUCAAUAAAGGACAAUCCUAAAGAAAUUAAAGCCUUACACGGAUGUAGAGCUUUAGCAGCUCUUGGGCUUAUUUUGAGCCACAAAGUUAUGGCUUUGUUUUAUAACCCGUACAUCAAUAGGUCGGAUAUGACAGAGGCUCUUGGUCAAAAGUGGUCUGUCAUAGGAAGAACUGCAAUUUUGUUCACAGAAGUCUUUAUGCUAAUAAGUGGAUUGCUCAAUGCGAAUGCUCUGUUUUCAGAGUUAGACAAGAGCAAACGGAUGAACUUCAAAGAUAAGCUGGUUACUAGACUCUUCAGAAUAUUGCCUAAUCUAGUUGCAAUAAUCCUGUUUUGUACCUAUAUCUUACCAGAUUUGGGCUCUGGACCCUUAUGGCCUUUGGUAGUUAACCAUCACGCAGAAUUGUGCAAAAAACAUAUGUGGAGAAAUAUUCUACUAAUCCACAACUACUAUGGAUUUGAGGAAAUGUGUUUGACUCAUACUCACCAAGUAGGGAUCGAUAUGCAACUAUUUUUGGUUACCCCCUUUUUUGUCUACGCCAUAUGGAAAAACCGAGAAGUCGGAUUGUUUAUUUUAGCUGCGUUUGCUACAUUGUCAACCAUUUUGAGAUUUUGGGUUACAUGGGCUAAUGAACUCAGCCAUGUGGUACAUUUUGGAAUACCGAUUUCAAGGAUGUUCAGAACAGCUGAUCUGUCCUAUAUCCUACCUACCCAUAGAGCAACCAUUUACUUAACAGGUAUUGCAAUGGCCUAUAUAUUAAGGUACACCAAUAAAACUUCAAUCAUAUCGAAGCCACAUCGUUUAAUUUUGUGGGUCCUUGCAUAUGUCCUAUUCUUAUCGACGUGGAUUGGUCCAAUGAAUAUGGCUUCAUAUGGUUUUCAGUAUAACAAUCUGUAUGCAGCAUUAUAUGCUGCGUUGUCUCCUAUCACAUUUGGACUUGCAGUAUCGUAUAUAAUUUAUGCAGUUGACAGGAAUUUUGGAAAUUGGUUUGGACCUUUACUCACAUGGAAGUAUUUCACAGUUUUUACUAAAAUCUCAUAUGCAGUAUAUCUUACACAAUUUCCAAUCUUUUUCUACAAUAUUGGGAAAACAAAGUAUGUUGGUGAAUAUAGACAUUACAUGAUGAUGGAAAUACUUGAAACUACUGCAGUUAUUUUACUAUCAAUAGCACUCACCCUUACUGUGGAAAUGCCCUUCCAGAAACUGAAAAAAGCUCUACUUGAUAUUGAAGAACCUUUGCCAGCAAAGCCUGACAAGAUCAAGAAACCUAUUACUAUAUCAAGAAAAAGUGAACUUGGAUAAACAGGUUUCAAAGAACAACACAGUGAUAAGAAUAUUUAUGUUUUUAAGUAUUAUUUUAAUAAAAUUUAUAAAAAAAAAUCUAUUUUGGUGCCCCAUAA